AUGGCCUCCUUUCUUUCCGUUCUUACCCACCAGUCACUCUCAGAAGGCUCAAUUGGCUUGACAGCUCUCGCCGAACGCACAAUGUCCCUGGUCAUCCUGCGUACGGCCCCUGGCCUUCACGAAGGCUCACCCCAACCAAUUACCCCUUUCGACAUGGCCAGAUUCAUGUUAUCGUCUCUUGCUGUUCCUCCUCAAUCGUAUGACCCUGACAGUAGACCCAUCUCGGUGUUCAACUGCCAUCAAGUUCUUCAAUUGUUCCGUUCUUAUCAAUUUUCAAAAUUAUCUCAUUUUGAUCAAUUAUAUCCCUUAGACCAGUUCUUAUCGUUCUACUAUCUCUACCACUACCUCACCUUUUCAUCAUCUGAAUCUUUUUCGGAAACUCAAGUCAUCAUGUCUGAUAUUCCAAGCCCGCGUUCUGUCACCCCUGAACCAGAUGAGGUGAUACCUCUCCCAACUCAAAGCGAUGCUCAGACGACUACGUCGGUCACACAUGUUUCCGAAACUCCUCCACCCAGCCCUACGAAAUUGAAGCGACGUCCUCCCAAGAAAACUGGCAAGAAGUUCAAGUUACUGGUUCCAGCGUCGGGUGAACUGGUCACUUACAUUGAUCACGGAACCACUCGGGAUCCUCAAGGCUAUCCUCUUUACCCAAAUGGCGACACGGUCUUCGUUCGAGAGCCUCAUGUCAACAUCACCAAUUUUGGGCAUGUCGCCUACACUCACACGCAAAAGACAAAAGGCAUCAAGGAUGGUCCUUGGAAAACCAUUUGGUAUGCCUGCCUUGGCGUCCUCCGCUGUGACGACGACUUUUGUGCGUACGCGGCGCCUCCACCAACAGCUGAAGGGAAGGCCGCCGAAUACAUCAAAGAGAAUCCUGUGUGCCCAGCAGUCGAGUGCAGCGGGACUCAUAUUUGGACUCAAUGUCCAGGCACGAUCUGCCGAAUCGACAUUCAGAAGGACACUGGGUGGGGUGUCCUUUGUCAUUCUGGAUUCCACGCGCACCCCUGGCCUGCCUCGAAGAAGGCCAACCCCUUGGCGAUGCUCGACCUCACUCAAGAGGUGGUCAAGAACCCGAAGGCGGGGCCUUUGGUUCUGAAAGUUGGGCAGGCUGGCGCCGGCCAGACCAUUACCCCUCCGGUCGUCGAUAUUCAUCCAGCCUUCGCUAACGGCGGCCGUUUAGCAUACUUACGUCGAAAGGUUUUGGUCGAAAAAGGUCUCAUCCCGGAAAAGGAAAGUAAAGGCGGCGGGGACCGGCUAAUUAUGGACCUAAUGCAUUGGGGCAACGAGAUCCUCCACCGGUGGAUUCCAAUCCAACUGACGUGGAUGUGGGGCCUCGAGGAAAGCCACUACCGAGCUCACUUCUUGACUCUCUUGCAACAAAUUCAAGCCGCCGACCUUACUUACCACGAGCGCGAUCUACUGGUCCAACAGGUAGUUGACUUUUCCACUGCCCAAAAGAAAGGAUUUGUCUCGGCCUACAUGGACAUAUUUCAAGAACACGACCCUGCGAAAGCUCUGAGCAAACUCAAAGGCUGCCACGAGCACUACCGCCAGUCAAUCACUCGCAUCAAGAAGAAUCACAAUGUGGUGGACGCGAGUCGUGUGGGCGAGUUCGAACGCCUGGCUCUCGAUCUUCUCGAACCGAAUCAACCUGGCAACCUCACCCUCAUUGAGAAGUUUGGCCAAAUCGCACGACUGUUUCCUAAAGCGAAGCCUUGGAUCGAUUGGUGGAACACGGCUGAUAUUCACAGCAUAUUAUCCGGACACUACGAACGGACAAGAGUCCAUGCAUCGACAGUAUUACAUAUUAACCCCCUCAAUGUUACAGAUCCGGUCACUGUACCAUCAUCCAGGGAUUCAUCCAAUUGCUACUUUUCGCCGAAUCCCUCAAAAGGGACUUCAACAACGUUCUUCGAGGCAUCUCUGUCAAGUAUGGUAACAGCUGGGAAUCGGUGGUCGAAACAAUGGGAUGGUCAAAAGAACGGACUCGUUGCCGGCCAGAGUCUUACUCGGCCGGGACGGAACCUGGAAAGCUCAAUCGAUGUUGGGAAACAUCCACCUUGGAGGCAUUGUAUCCCACCUUCUCGCCUCUGUGGAUUGUGGGGUCCAAGGGCAAGGUCCGUUCUUACUCGUGGCCUCAAAUCAGUUCAAAGUGCCGUUCAGAACAUUUCGCCUGACUCCUUUGUAACCGACUUGUUCUGUUCGGCCGACUUGUUCAUGGAGUAUCUCCUCAUGGCGAAACGCAACCGUCCUACCUCUGCCGGACGCCAAUUUGCUUACAAAUUUAACCUCCGAUGCUGCACCACGUGCCGCACAGACCAUACUCAACAUUCGACGUCGGCUGAAGCGAAUGACGGGACUGACGAGUUAACCAUGGGCGAAACGGACGACAUACCUCGCUUGUACGAACGGUGCCGUCUCGAUUUUACAGAACAGCCGAUGAAUGUGUACUUCCAUCUUCGAGGUGUGGCUGGCCUCACCGAAGACGAUCGUAUCAGCUUCAUGGGGGAAAUGAAUUGGCCUGAGAGUUUGGUUCUCAAUGGUGUCUCGUACGAAAUCGUGUCAAGGGGUUUCUGGGGGUACCACCAUUACUGGAGCAAGGUGGUGAGGCAUGUGGAUGGUGUCCGGGGAGUUUGGUUCUUCGACGAUCGCAAAGACGACGGCCGUGCUCAGCUUCUCGGUCGAGAACUCUCGUUAAUUGCGGGGCCACAACCUUCAACGAGUUGGCUUAUAUAUUCUCGCAAACCUAUGCCAAGCGAACAGAAGAUCAUUGACCUUGGCAUAGCCAAGAUCAGCUCGAAGAAUCCUGAUGCCCAGGGGGAUUUACCUUUCCUUUCGCGACAGGAGUUGGAAGACGUCGAGGACAUCGAAGAAGACUUACCAGCCCUAUUUGAACCGCCCUUGAUUGAACCGCCCUUGCGUACGGUGACCAGCGGGAAGGUCCAAAGUCAGCCCCCGGUGAAUGCUGCCAAGCUUGCCUUUACAUCAGCAGCAUCUCCAGCUGUUGAUGAACUGGAGCCAUUCAAACUAAGUCAACCCGUGGGCUCUCAUGCGGGUUUGCAAAUUGAUAAAGCGAAAGAGGCAUUCAAGCGCGCUGAGAAGUGUCCUUUGUCUUCAGCUCCUCCCACAGUGAUGAGACGCGAGGAGGAGGAGGGGGAGGAUAGCACGGUGCCCGCCUCCCAGCCCGAAUUGACGAAAGGCUGCGUGAAGGGACCGUUGAGUGUCCGCCUGCGUUUGAACAAGCGCCAGAAAUCACAGUCUCCGUCUCCUCCAAAGGCGAAGGCAAAGAAGAAGGCCGCGAAAGGUAAGAGGGGUUUGGACGUGGUCAAGGAAGAAGAUGUUGUGGAGGAGGGGGAGAAGGUCCAGGUCGUCCCUAAGGCAACUAAAGGGAGAAAGAAAAAAUGA